GCUUUCCGGGGACCGCUCGGCGGCGGCCCGCGAUGUGGGGCCUCCGGGGGCUCCCUCUGCUCCUCCUCCUCCUCCUGCCGUUGGCCAACGGCAACGAGAGCAGCCUCGUCGGGGCGUGUACCUGCAACGUCCGGGUGUCGACGCCCCCGGAGCCCAGGUACCUGGAGGUCUUAACUUCGCACCUACGACACUACCAGCUCUGCCAUCACUCCUACGUCCGGUUCCACCUGCCCAGGAGGACUUUGUGCGGAAAUGCCCAAGCUGCCUGGGUCAAGGAACUGAUGAGUUGCUUUGACCAGGGAGCCUGCGGAUCCCGGAGGACGGAGCCCGCGCAGGAGGAGCAGCGGCUGAAGAGCCAGGCGGGCCCGGCCCCGGCCCAGACCCAGGCCCCGGUAGGCGGCCGGACGACCGCCGCUCCGACCACCCUGCUCUCCACCACCGUCCGGCCCUCCUCCCCGCCUCCCGCCCCGCCGGGCAGCACCUGGUUGCCCGAGGAGACGGUCGCGUUCAACACCGCCAGCCAGGCCCGGGGGGACGGGCCGGACCCCGCCGGGCAUAAGGAAGCUGAGGCACGGGGGCUGGGCCGGGCCGUUGUGCCGGUCCUGGGCUUGCUGGGCGUCGUCUUCGUGCUCACCGCAGUUCUGGCCUACGUGGUCUGCCGCAGGCGGGGGGCCCCCCGCAAUGAGAUGCUCUACCCUCAGAGGCCAAGAGCGUAUCAUCUUCCGUACCAUCCCUGCCAGGCCCACGCCCUGGACCCGCCCUGGGAUGGGCACCCCCGGGCUGGCCCCGGGCCCCGGGCCUGGCCUGCCCCGGCCUCUGGAAACCCACCCGCGCCAGUGCCCGUCUGAGCGGCACCUGCCUCCGCUUUCCCUCCCCGAAAAAAAGCUAUUUUUAUUAACUUUGAGUGUUUGGUGUGUCCAGAAUCUGCCCCCCACGUCCACUCGUGGCACUCUCCAUCUGGCCAGGGUCGGGGGAGCCGCUUCCUGAGCCCCCCUCUGCUGCUGCCUGCUCCCUGAGGCUGCCAGCACAGACUGACGGCCGCCCGCCUGCCUUCGCUCGGUGUCUCCUCACAGCCCCCCGCCUCCAUUAAAGGCCCCACGAUGUCUCUGCAC